AUGGUAGAUUGGGAAGGUGCUACCAGAGAUAUCGGAUCUGCUCUCACAAGACUAUGUCUACGCCACAAAAGUAUAGAGAACAAACUCAAGUCCUUCACAAGUUGUCUGAUGGACGGAAUGGUGACACCUUUACAAGAGAAGAUGGAAGACUGGAAGAAGACAGUGGCACACCUGGAUAAAGAACAUGCUAAAGAAUACAAGCGAGCGCGACAGGAGAUCAAGAAGGCAUCCUCGGACACUAUCAGACUACAGAAGAAAGCCAGGAAAGGCAAAUGUGAUAUACAGACGCGACUGGACAACGCCAUGCAGGACGUGAACGACAAGUAUCUUCUGCUGGAGGAGACGGAAAAACAAGCUGUCAGAAACGCACUCAUUGAAGAAAGAAGUCGCUUCUGCCAGUUCUUGGGUUGUUUAAAACCUGUUGUGGAUGAAGAGAUCUCCAUGCUGACAGAGGUGACCCACCUUCAGGAGAUCCUGGACAUCUUGUACCAGCAGUGUCAGGACCCCAACCAGCUACCAGCGUCCAGUGAACAGGUUAUUGUGGACCUCAAGGGAUCAGAUAACCACACCUGGUCUUAUCAGACACCCCCCAGCUCCCCCAGCUCCCUGGGGUCCAGAAAGUCCAGUAUGUGCAGUAUAAGCAGCAUGACCAGCUCCUCCAGUGGCUCCAGUAAAUCUCACUCUCCCAGCCAUCAUCAUAUACGCUAUAAGAACCCGACACAGCAACUUGCAAUGCCGGGGACUAUGAGGCUGUCCAGCGUUUCUUCUCAAGAUUCGGGCUUCACGUCGCAAGACACGUUGUUUCUGAAACCCCUCACUCCACCCGCGCCAGACUUCAAACGACAGGUGCCAGCGCAAGAGAACAGUAGUGGCAGUAGUACAGCUGACUCCAGUAACGCGUCCACUCCGUGUUCCCCCUACCCUGCCCCACCCUCCGCCACUUCUACCUGGUCCAACUGGCCUGACCCUCCGCAUGUCCGCAAGGAUCCCACGCAGGAAUUUGAACGCCCACACACCAUCUCCACAGCCUACGAGAAGAACCACACCAGGCCACCGUUGACAUCACAAACUUUCGAGCCUCCAGACACAAAUGAGUUGCUGGACCGCACCCUGACCCCUGGUGGCCAAGACCGACCUCCAACCCCACCCAGCGCCAGCCACUACCAGACGCCUAACAUUGGGCUUCACGUCAGCGCCCCCAGGCAGCCUCAAGUUCAGGCAAUCUACGCCAAGCCUAACCGGCCACAGGUGAUGAGGGACAUCAGGCCCCCUACUGGACCGAAACCAAAACCCAAGCCAGUUCAGACCCCCACGGUACCCGGAUUGGGUCACAGUAAGGAUGAAUUCUCAGAAGACACGGAGGAGGAACUUCAACAGGCCACAUACAUGAACAUGGAAGAAAUCGCCAGAAUAACAGGACAUGGUAGACCUGAGGUCAACGGCAAUACUACGCCACAGACGGCACAAACCCCUACAGAGGGAGCUGCAGAGGAGAGUGGGCAUUGUUUAGACUUAGCAGCUGCUGUGCGUGAACUGGAGGCGAGCACUGCUGCCCUCCACAGCAUGCAUGGACACCAGGGGGCAGCAGCAGUGGCAUACCAGGGCCCAGACUCCUCAGAGUUAGCAGACGCCAUUCGUGAGUUGGAGGCGAGCACAGCAGCCUUGGAGACAACCUAUGAACAGAACAACUGUGCCAUCAGCCACGCCUCUCUGCAGUGCUCUAGUGGCUACGGCACCAUGAACAGCACUCCAUCAGGGUCAGAGGACACUAUUAACAGUGAAGACUUGGAUGUAACUCCCGAAGCCAGUGACAACGAAUGGGAAAAAUACUCAACUAUCCCACGUAAUCGUGACGUCAGCCGCUCCUAUAGACCUCCUGUUCAAAUUAAACGACCAGCUUCUACUGCAGGUUUCCCUGCAGGUCAAAACCAGGGCACAGGUACGAUACGACGCGCCUCCAUGGCAGGGCCGAAGCCACCGCCUCCUGUACGGCGCACAUCCUCUCUGAGCUAUGGGCAAACCACUACCCCGCGCAUGCAGUCCAAGCGUCCACAGUCUGUCCACCCGGGUGGUCCUCAACAACAACAACAGAUGGCGCCACCUCCUGUUCACGCCCACACGGAGCCCAAUUUACAGCAAAUACAGCAUGAGCUACAUCAGCAACAUUAUCAACAGCCACAGUAUCAGCAGCAACAGCAGACUCAACAAAAUAUAGGACAACAACAAAGCCACCCACAGCUGCGUAGGACCUAUUCAGAUCCUAAACAAACUGCUGCGCCUAUGACCAUGGAUUCCAAUGCACGCGCUAGUAUUAUUCAGGCUUUGAAUGCCAGGUUUUCAUCUCAGCAAUCUGGGCAACCUCCUGUACAACAACAGCAACAACAACAACAACAAUUUCCAGUACAGCAACCACAGCCACAGCAAAUGAAGCAGAAGACUCCUCCACCCACGAUGAAGAAACCUUCACCAAUACAAGAGAAUCGAGAUGCACACUUGCCCAACGGGAAUGGAGAAACUGCAGUCACAGGCGGAGGAGGAGGAGAUAUGUUGUCACAAAUUCGCAUGGGCAUCACCUUGAAAAAGACAGUAUGCAAUGACAGGUCGGCCCCAAGAAUAUCCAGGACUUCAACGUUAUGAUUUCUGAGCGAACGAAAGACUUCGUAAUUAUAUAAUUGUAUGCAUGGUGCCAUUAUAGAAAGGUCACGACCUUGGCUUUAAAAUAACCACGUCUAAGAACCCUCGUUGUAUUCAAGUGAGGAGGAAGCUUGGGUCCGUGCCUGUCAUAUUUUUCAGUCCAGGUAAAUAUCAGGGACCUUAGAAGAAACAACUGCCAUUCUUUAAGCCUUGCAUGUCAGCUGUAUAUGAAAACAUGAUUGUACAUAAGAAGAUGCUAUGAGGCUGUGUAAAUGCCAGAGAAAUGGAGAAAAAUACACUGAGAGACUUGAUCAAAGCAUUUCAGUAUAUGUAUAUCAAUGCCAAAUGUAUUUAACUCUUGGAAGCUUCAGGGGAAUAUGUAUCUAUGGAGGGAUGAUAUGACGGUCAUUUUGAGGCGAGACAUCCUUAUUCUGUGACUGUUACUUCAUAUGAUGUUGAUGAAAUUGAUGAUGAUGAUGAUGAUGAUGAUGUUGAUGAUGAUGAUGAUGAUAUUAGCAUUGCUGGUUGUGGUGGAUGGCAAAAAGUUCAUAGUUUAUAAGUGUAAAGGAAUAGGGAUGAAGAGACUGGUUAAAAUUUACUGCAUUUUAUUAUUAUUUUUUUUAAUCAAGAAAUAUUCAUUCUGUGACUAAAACUUCCUGAUGAUGUUAUUGCUCGUGAGACAUGGAGGACAGGAAAGUGUUCAUAGUUUAUAGAUGUGAAGCAGUUGGGAUGAUGAUAUGAUUUGAAGUUCUCCCUAAAAAAAGUUAACUGAAGUCUAAUGGUUUAAGUGCUGGGACGUGGACAGCACAGUUGAAAGCUGUUGUGGAAGUUGAUGAGAAUUUAAGGACAAAAGUGCAAAUGGAGAAUGAAGCGGCCAAUGAUUUAUUUCUUUAUUUUUGAGGGCAAACCAUGCCCUGAUGAACUACUGAUGUGUCACUGUGUAAAAACACAGUGCAUGGAAUACAAACUAAGUAUGCAGAAGUAGCUGUGGCGUAAAUGCUUCAUUAAAGAGAAAUAUGUGAAAGUGGAGUGAACUGAACAAAAAAACUCUAGAGGUGAAAGACUUUUUUAUGUAGUCAUGUACAUAGUAAUUACUAUAAAAACAGAGGGAGAGGGGAAUGCUAUUAUUAACUCAUGUAUGGUACAAAUAUAUGUUCUAACCAACGCGUACAACGACCAGUGAUUUCUUCAACUACUAUUUAGGUUUAUUAAUUGUAUUGUGUACAUUUUGUAAGUAAAGUUUUUCUCCUUGGUGUAUUUUGCCAUGGUUGUCACAGGUAGUUUUUGAGUAAUUGAUCUCAUGUGCAAAGUCUGAUAAGUAUGCAGUUGAGUAGAUGAAGUUUGGAACGUGGUUAUUCGUCUUUUUAAUUAUUAUUAUUUUAUUUUUUUAUGGUAAAUGGUUCAUACAUUUUUUGCAUUUUUAAAAGAUGUCCAACUUCUUGGUUUCUGUUUGAUUUAAGAAGUAGACGUGGAAGAAAAAUUUGCAAAGUGUUGGUAUUUUCACACCUCAAUGCAAUAAUAGAAUUUGAUCAAAACUGAAAUCAAAAAGAUGGGGUGUUUGGAGAAUUGACUAUUUCUCCUGUAAACAAGUGUAAAUUGACAUAGAUUUCAUUGGCAGCAGCCAUCUUGAAAAACGUAACAAUAGGCUGUGUUCUGGAGGAGAAGAUAUUCUGAUGUUUUAAAAUGUUUUAUUAUUACAAGUAAAUAACACUUUUAUUAUUAUUCAUUAUUAUUUUAAUGUUAUAAUUAUUGUUUUAUAAGGGUUUUAUGUUCUGUUUUAGGAGCAUUCAAAUAACAGCAUAUUUGAAUUUGGAGCAUUUUAAGUUUGAACUGCAUUUCUUUUGGUUCACUGUCAUUGUAUCCUUACUGCACACAUUGAAGAACUGUUCAAAAAAACUUCAAGUAUAUCAUAUUUAUUUAUAAUUUUCAUAUGCAUAUCUCUUAAAAAUCACAGCAGACAAAAGUAAGCAUUAAUUCUGUAGCAUGAAAAAUGAUUCAAUGGGAUUUUGCAUUUUAACUGCUUCAUUUACAAAAUUUCCCCGUCACUGUACAUAAAUAUAGACGCCAAAAUCUGUCAGCAAAACUGGGUAUUUUCUUUAUGUAUGAUACUUAUUUCUGUAACACCCUAUAUAUUACAUAUGAAAUAAAUUGUAUGAAAUAAUGAA